AUGGAUUUCCUCAGUCGCCCCAACUCAACCGUCCAGCGCUGCUCUCCCCAGAGCGGAGGGAUCCCGCCCGCCAGUGACGCGGCCGUCGCCGCCGCGCCCAGGGCCCGGUUGGGCGAUACCACUACUUUGUGGGGGGAGACCAGAAUAGGAAACACCACUUUAGAGACUAAGAAGGGGAGCUCGGCACUCCAGUUCUCUGACCACGCCCCUCGGUACGGCUCCGCCCCUUGUUGGGGCGGGGCCACGCAGACUGGGGCCCGCGCGAGAAGGGACUCUGGUAACUUAACCUCCCGACUCCCACGAACUGGACUGCAGGUCGCGCUCCCACCUUCCCCUGCCAGGGAUGAAGGUGGCGAGACUUUGGCUCCGAUCUCUUGGAGCUGCCCAGGAGGAGAGUUUGAGGGGGGUCCCCUUACACGCCUGAAUCCCUGCACAGAUGAGGUCGGGGCGCUGGUCUUUGACAUUGGCUCCUUCUCAGUUCGCGCCGGGUACGCUGGAGAGGACUGCCCCAAGGCUGACUUCCCCACCACGGUGGGGCUGCUGGCCGCAGAGGAGGGAGGCGGGCUGGAGCUGGAGGGGGAGAAAGAGAAGAAAGGGAAGAUCUUCCACAUCGACACCAAUGCCCUGCACGUACCGCGGGAUGGAGCGGAGGUCAUGUCACCCCUCAAGAAUGGCAUGAUUGAGGACUGGGAGUGCUUCCGAGCCAUCCUGGAUCACACCUACAGCAAACAUGUCAAGUCUGAGCCAAAUCUACACCCAGUGCUCAUGUCAGAGGCCCCGUGGAACACCCGGGCCAAGCGGGAGAAGCUGACAGAGCUGAUGUUCGAGCAGUACAACAUUCCUGCCUUCUUCUUAUGCAAGACAGCUGUGCUCACUGCCUUUGCAAAUGGACGCUCCACAGGACUUGUGCUGGACAGUGGGGCCACACACACCACAGCCAUUCCAGUUCACGACGGCUAUGUGCUGCAGCAAGGCAUCGUCAAGUCACCCCUGGCAGGGGACUUCAUCUCCAUGCAGUGCCGGGAGCUCUUCCAGGAAAUGGCUAUUGACAUCAUCCCACCUUACAUGAUCGCAGCCAAGGAACCCGUAAGGGAGGGUGCCCCCCCAAACUGGAAGAAGAAGGAGAAGCUGCCCCAGGUCUCCAAGUCCUGGCAUAACUACAUGUGCAACGAGGUGAUCCAGGACUUCCAGGCUUCGGUGCUGCAAGUCUCAGACUCCCCCUAUGAUGAGCAGGUGGCUGCACAAAUGCCCACAGUGCAUUAUGAGAUGCCCAAUGGCUACAACACGGACUAUGGCGCCGAGAGACUCCGCAUCCCUGAGGGCCUGUUUGAUCCCUCAAAUGUUAAGGGCCUGUCGGGGAACACCAUGUUAGGCGUGGGCCAUGUGGUGACCACCAGCAUCGGCAUGUGUGACAUCGACAUUCGCCCGGGUCUCUACGGUAGUGUCAUUGUCACGGGCGGGAACACUCUGCUGCAGGGUUUCACAGACAGGCUCAAUCGAGAGCUUUCUCAGAAGACCCCACCGAGCAUGCGGUUGAAGCUCAUUGCCAGCAACAGCACCAUGGAGCGCAAGUUCAGCCCCUGGAUUGGGGGCUCCAUCUUGGCCUCACUGGGUACUUUCCAGCAGAUGUGGAUCUCCAAGCAGGAAUACGAGGAGGGCGGGAAGCAGUGCGUGGAGCGGAAAUGCCCCUGAAGGUGCCCUCUCCCCACACCCGGGGCCUCCCAACCUGGCAGCAGGAGGGGAAGGAGGGGUAGUUGUUUCCCCGGCUAGGCCUCUGCAAGCGCAGAUUGAAGACCCUCCAACCCCCAGCCCCCAAUGCCCACAUCGCCCCCUCCUCUUCCUCUCCCUCUUGGCUUGUAA